AUGUACAUGACGUUAUUAGACUCAACCGACGUGACGUCUACAGCUUGGAGGAUCGUCAUUAUGGGACUCGAGGACGAGUUCCAUCAGCUCGGGGACGAGUUCUCCGUCCCUGUAAUGCUCUUGGAGGAUCGUCAUUAUGGGACUCGAGGACGAGUUCCACCAGCUCGGGGACGAGUUCUCGCCUUCCCCUGUAAUGCUAUAUGCUUUUGCAGAUUUGCUGGCGGAUAUCAUGCAUGUGUCUCAACUUAUGUGACGUUUACAGCUUUGAAGGAUCAUUAUGGUGGGACAUUUGCUGGCGGAUAUCAUGCAUGUGUCCGACUGAUGGAUCAGUGUAUUUUUCUCGGACCGACAAGAAAAUUGGGCGUGUCUCAGCAGCUCUUAGAGCGCGCUGCUAGAGCUGCUAUUACACCACCAUCAUCACCACCACCGACGUAUGGUCUCUGA